UCUGACCGUUUAUCAAAAAUUAAAAAAAAAUUAAAAUUUCAGUAAAAUUAAAAAAAGUUCUGCACAUAUUAGUCUUUAAUGAAUUAAAAAGUGCAAUAUAUAUGAAAUCCACUUGAAAGUGUCAAAACUAUUUAAAAGAAACUUUAAUUUUGAAAAAUUAUUUAAAAGUUCAACACUGAAAAAUAAAAGUAAACUUUGAAACUGUAUAUGUCACGUAUUUUAAGUUAUUUGUCAACUCUUUCUAAAAACUUGAAAUAACUGCAGGAAUAUAUAAUAUAUAAUGAAGCAUGAAGAGGAAGAAGUGUCGGAAUUAUUCAGAGGUGCAACCCUUUAUCGAGAAUGGGGCUGUCGCUUUACCACCUUGAAACAGUUUAUGAAAGCUAUCGAGCACUUUAGCAAGUCAAUGGAAUUGAGUGAUGGAAAUGAUUUGAAAACUUUAUUGGGUCUAACGAGUGCCCUCACGUCUAUUCAUAAAUAUAAAGCAGCUGCUAAAAUUGUUGACAUGUGCAUGAAAAUUGACCCGAAUAACUACCAAGUGGUAUGGAAUCGUGUGGAGACCCUCUACAAGAUCACAGAAUUCGAGCAGAGUCUGAUUUACGCUUAUCAGGGACGUCGACUGAGGCCAUUUCCUUUCAAAUGGGGCAUUUAUCAGGCAAAUGAGACUAUUGAGGAUUGUGUAGGUAAUAAUACCUCGCCCAUAGUUCUCAAGGAAUUGUAUCACUGGAUAAAGGAGAUGGAACAUUUUUUUAAACAACUCAACGCUCAAGGGGAUCAGAUGAAAGAUGAACUUGAAGGAAUAGACGAAAACAAAUCGAAAUUUAAAAUCAAUGAUCCAUCGACAAAAAAAGAAGCCUAUUUGAAAAAACAUGAAUCAUUUAUGGCAGAAAUUUAUCUCAGAUCAUUAGCAAAAGAUAAACAUUUUGUUGAAGAAUUUUUACAAAGACCAGAAAUUUGGUCGGCCAAUAAGAAAAAUAGCAAUGAAUUGGUGAAUUUGGCAAAAAUUUGUUUUUCACGAUUGCAUAACAGACAAGAAAUGUUACGUGUUAGACGACCAUUGUAUUUCUUUCGAUUUAAACACAAAGCAAGACCUCCUGGGCAUAAAAAAUCAAUUCAAAAUGAAAACAAAAUCAAAAUAAAGAUUCUCAUCAAUCGUGUUGAUUUUUUAUUCAACACCCUCAAUAAUCAUCAAUUGCAUAAAGAUUACGUGAAAUUUUUCCGAUUAUCUGAAAGAAUAAAAUUAAUAUUAGACAACAAUUCAGAAAAAAUGUUACCAACGAAGAAUGAAUGCCUAGUGAAACUUUACAAUUCUAUUGCCCUAACUUAUUUAGAAUCAAGGGAUUUAUCGGCGAUUGAAAAUGAAAAACUGAGAAAAAUCUAUUUAAAACAUCAUAUUGGAAUUAAAGUGGGAAAAUUACCACGUGAUGAAGAUAUUGGUUGGAUUCUAACAGUCAAAAAAAAGAAAGCCCUGCAGGAAAUUAAAAACAGACUUGCCAUGACAAAUAAUUCUUUAGAAUUAUCGUGGAUUUUUCAUGAUUUCAGUAAAUUACUUAUUCAGACAAACAGCUAUGAAUGGGCAAGAUAUUACGCUAGAAAAGCUCGUGACAUGAGUAUUGAAAUAAAUAAUCAAUUAUGGUUUAUAAAUGCAACACAUCUUUUGCUGAGAAUCGAAAUACAUCAGCACAAUAAAAAUGAAGCGAGGGAUGCUGCACUUUUAGCAUUGUCAUGUGCAAGACAACAACAACAAAAAAUGAAAAAAUUUGAUUAUCUCGUGGAUUUCUAUCAAGGAAUUAUCGAAAUACUCAAUGAAACGGACAUUGAGAAAAUGGCUUUUCUCGACAAUAUUGCCGUACGAGAACAAUUGAUUGUCGAUUUAAUGCCAAUGGAACUAAAAUCCAAAAUGGAUUAUAUUUUACGAAGCAUGAGAGUAAUUUCAUCGAAACGACGAUUUUCAAUAAUGCCCGGCUGUAAACCAAUUGACAAUAAUAAUAAGUUGAAUCUCACUUUUACAAAUAAUAGUGGUAGCGAAACCAAUAAUAAUAAGAAGAAGAAAAAAAGUACAAUUCUUAAGAGUCCAUCAUUAAGGAAUCAUGAAAAAGAAAUGAGAAAAACUUUUCUUCAAUUCUACACGACAAUUAAAAAAAUUCCUGGUUUGGUUAAUUUUGAAGAAUAUAAAUAAUUUUUAAAGAUUAUUUAUUUAUUAAUUUAUACAUGAAUUUUACGA